CGUCACUAUUGCCACCCUGUCUCUCGCCAUGUUCUCCGGCUGAAACUUCUGCUACACUCUUUCAAAGUUAUUCAUUCAACUUUUAUCAUAUAUAMAUUAACUGUAAUUGGUAGUCAAGAUGUCGAAUAUCUCCUACCAUAUCUCCAAUCUGUUGGAGAAAAUGACAUCUACUGACAAAGACUUUCGCUUCAUGGCCACCAAUGACCUGAUGAUGGAGCUUCAGAAGGAUUCUAUCAAGUUGGAUGAAGACAGCGAGAAGAAGGUGGUCACCAUGCUUCUGAAGCUACUGGAAGAUAAGAAUGGAGAGGUGCAGAAUCUGGCUGUCAAGUGUCUGGGUCCCUUGGUGAGCAAGGUGAAAGAGUACCAGGUGGAGAUCAUGGUGGAUAUUCUCUGCUCUAACAUGAUGUCAGACAAGGAACAACUCAGAGACAUCUCCAGUAUGGGUCUGAAGACAGUCAUCGCUGAGCUGCCUCCAUGCUCCGCAGGUCAGAGCUUGACUGCCAACGUGUGUAAGAAGAUCACAUCUCAGUUGAUAGGAGCCAUGGGGAAACAGGAGGAUGUUUCUGUUCAACUGGAGGCCUUGGACAUCCUGUCGGACAUGUUGGGAAGGUUGAGUGGUACGUUGAUCAGCUUCCAUGCAUCCAUCCUGACCAGCCUGCUCCCCCAGCUGACCAGCCCCCGUAUGGCUGUGAGGAAGAGGGCUAUCAUGGCCCUGGGUCACCUGGUGCCCAGCUGCAGCACGACUCUCUUCACCCAGCUCACUGAGCACCUGCUGGCUGAGCUAGGCCGAGGACAGCAGACCUCCACCACACGCACCUACAUCCAGUGUCUGGCCACCGUCAGCCGCCAGGGAGGGCAUCGAGUCGGUGAGGCAGCUAAGAAGAUCAUCCCCAUGGUGAUGACGUUCUGUGUGGAGGAUGAUGUCAGGGAGUACUGCUUCCAGGCCUUUGAAGCCUUCGUCCGCAGGUAAAAAAACUCUAAUGCGCCCAAGGAGAUGUCCCCUCACAUAUCCACGGUGAUCAAGCUGUGUCUGAGGUCAUCACCUAUACCCAACUACAACUAUGAUGUGGAUGAGGACGGGGAUGAGGACGGGGAUGAGUCCAUGGACACAGAGGACGGAGAGGAUGAGGACCAAGAGUCAGAUGACGAGUACAGUGACGAUGACGACAUGAGCUGGAAGGUACGCAGGUCGUCUGUGAAGUGUCUGGAGGCUGUGAUCAGCACCAGGAGAGACCUGCUCGUGGAGCUGUAUGGGUCAGUAGCACCAACCCUGCUGGCUCGGUUUAAAGAGAGGGAGGAGAACGUCAAGACAGACAUCUUUGUAGCCUUCGUUGCCUUACUCAAACAGACCAGGCCUUCUCAGGGCCCCAUCACCACAGCAGCAGAGCCUGGAGUCAAAGAAGACCCAGCCAUCACUCUGCUCAAGAAACAGGUCCCCACAGUAGUGAAGGCUCUCCACAAGCAGCUGAAGGAGAAGAGCAUGAAGUCUAGACAGGGCUGUUUCAGUUUGCUGACAGAGCUGGCCAACGUACUGCCAGGAGCCCUGGGAAAACACAUACCAUCUCUGAUCCCUGGUAUAGUCCACUCCCUUACAGACAAGUCUACCUCGUCCAACAUGAAGAUCGAUGCCCUCUCUUUCCUCAACGUCCUCCUGUGCAGCCAUCCUCCUGCUGUUUUCCAGCCUCACAUGAAGGUUAUUCUGCCUCCGGUGGUGCAGUGUGUGACGGACCCCUUCUAUAAGAUCACCUCCGAGGCCCUGCUGGUCACUCAGCAGAUGGUCAAGAUCAUACGCCCGUUAGGAGACAAACUACCCGCCUUCGACGUCAAGCCCUACGUGAAGGAUGUGUUCUCUGCCACUCUGAAGAGGCUGAAGGCUGCAGACAUUGACCAGGAAGUGAAGGAGAGGGCCAUUUCCUGUAUGGGUCACAUCGUGUGUCACCUAGGAGACCAGCUGGGUGGUGACCUCCAGCCGACACUGCAGAUCUUCCUGGAGAGACUGAAGAACGAGAUCACCAGGCUGACAGCGGUGAAGACCCUGACUCUCAUCGCCACAUCGCCCCUCAGGAUCGACCUCCGACCUUUACUCACUGAGGGCAUCCCCAUCCUAGGCUCCUUCCUCAGGAAGAACCAGCGCGCCCUCAAGCUGAGCACACUGACUGCCCUCAACAUGAUCGUUAUGAACUACAGCGACAGCCUGAAGCCGGCCAUGAUCGAGGCUGUGCUCAACGAGCUACCUGCCCUGAUCGAGGAGAACGACAUGCACAUAUCCCAGGUGGCGGUGAUGCUUCUCACCUGUAUAGCUAAGGUGUGCCCCUCCUCCCUGUCCAAGAUCGGGAACACCGUCUUACCUGGUGUGUUUCAUCUGGUUCAUUCUCCGUUGCUGCAAGGAGGGGCUCUGUCGGCCAUCUUGGAGUUCUUCAAGGCCCUGGUGGUCACUAAGGCUGGGAAUAUGGGAUACAACGACCUCUUGAAAGCUCUCACCGGUCCUUUCCACGGCUCAGGGAAGGCUACAGACCCCACACCCAUGCACAGACAGUCUUACUACUCUGUGGCCAGGUGUGUAGCUGCUCUAUCCUCCGUGUGCCCUAAAGAAGCAUCCGGAAUGGUCACCAGCUUCAUCCAGGAAGUCAAGAACCCCAAGUGUUCCGAGUCCGUCAGAAUCCUGUCCUUCCUGUGUCUGGGGGAGGUGGGGCGUACCAUGAACCUGGGGGGUCAGAAGGAGCUAAAGACCGUGAUCCUGGAGGCUUUCUCCUCUCCCAACGAGGAAGUCAAGUCAGCCGCUUCCUGUGCUCUGGGGAACAUCUGUGUGGGCAACCUGGAGGAGUACCUUCCCUUUAUGCUGAAGGAGAUAGAUAGCCAGCCUAAGAGAAGGUACCUGCUGUUACACAGCCUCAAAGAGGUGAUCAGCGCCUUCUCGGCAGAGAGCUUGUUGGCCCACGUCGAGGAUAUCUGGGCUCUUCUCUUUAAGAACCGCGAGUGUGCCGAAGAGGGGACGAGGAAUGUGGUGGCGGAGUGUCUGGGGAAACUCACCAUGGUCAACCCGGCUCAGCUCCUGCCCAGGCUCAAACAACAGCUUUCCUCGGGGUCUCCUGUGGCCCGCAGUACUGUGGUCACCGCUGUUAAGUUCACCAUCGUUGAUCAGCCUGUACCUAUAGAUUCACUACUCAAAGGAUGCAUAGGUGACUUCCUGAAGACUCUGCAGGACAAAGACCCGAAUGUACGUCGUGUGGCCUUGGUGAUGUUCAACUCAGCGGCCCACAACAAACCUUCUCUGAUCCGCGGUCUGCUAGCCUCAGUACUGCCUAGCCUCUACAACGAGACACAGAUCAGGAAGGACCUUAUCAGAGAGGUGGAGAUGGGUCCGUUCAAGCACACAGUGGACGAUGGUCUGGACGUGAGAAAGGCAGCGUUUGAGUGCAUGUAUACCUUACUGGACAGCUGUCUGGACUGCUUGGACAUCUUCGAGUUCCUCGACCGCGUAGAAGAAGGCCUUAAAGACCACUACGACAUCAGAAUGUUGACAUUCAUCAUGCUGGCCAGACUCUGCUCUCUGUGUCCCAAUGCUGUGGUCCAGAGACUGGACAGACUGAUCGAACCUCUCAGGGUUACCUGCACCACUAAGGUGAAGGCGGGGUCAGUGAAGCAGGAGUUUGAGAAGCAGGAGGAGCUGCGUCGUUCAGCGAUGAGGGCCGUGGCUGCCUUGCUCUCUAUCAGCGAGGUGGAGAAGAGCCCUGCCAUGGCCGACUUCGCCAACCAGAUACGCACCAACGCAGAGAUGGCCUCCAUCUUAGAGAGCAUCCAGGGAGACACACGUUCCAGCACGGUGGAAAGCAUGGACACCAGUUAGAACUAAACGAUGCGGAGGGGACACCCUCCCAGGAUAAUUUGAAGUUAUUCUUUAAAAUAGAACAGAAACCGAAGUCAAUGCCCAGCAUUUUUGGCUAGAUGCAAAUUGUAUGACUGUCAUAGGCCGUAUUCACGGCCACUGAAAUCAUUCAUAUUCUGCCUUGAAAGUUGAGUUGAAAACGUGCCUUAUUGACUAGUCAGGAUGUCGUAGGGCCUAAUCAAUGCCAAGUAUUCCUCCGCCUUAAAAAUCAACGUUGAUAUGAAAACGUGUCUUCUGAUCAUUGAGGUCAUACUUUAUUCAAAGGACUUUAAGGCCAGUGGUAUUCAGUGCCAUGUUGGCAGGGCUGUGACAUUGCUACAGUAUUCUCCAUGAAAUACAUUGCAAAUAAACAAACGUUUUGUUCAUUUAA